CAUCAAGCUUUCGUGAUUCACGGAUUUUGUAAGUGCGAGCAAGUGCGAGGGUGGUUGUGCAGUGCACGUAGCACGGCCUGGCACGUAAUUUCGUGGAUUUCUGAACUGUUAUUAUGUCCUCAGCAGGCAAAAAGAACAAGAAGAAGAAGGGAGUAACAGUAGAUUUGUGGUCAUUCCUUGCCGACGGAAAUGGGCCAACUCCUAAUAUACCGCUGAAAUCGUCUAAUUGGGCUGAUGAUGUGGAGGACGAUCAUGAAGGAUUUUCAUCAAGAAGUAACAAAGAUCCAGUUAUAUUGCCAACUGCUCCAAGGGCUGCACGAGGACCAGGGAUUGAUGAAGAGAAUAUCCCUACAAAUCCUCCUUAUGUAGCCUACAUAAGCAAUCUGCCAUAUGAUGUAGAUGAAACUGAUCUGGCAGAUUUUUUUGCAGAUAUGAAGAUUUCAAACAUGCGUUUGCCAAAAGACGCAAAUAAAAUUAAAGGCUACGGUUACGUCGAAUUCGAGGAUCGUCAGAGUCUAAUUGAUGCUCUUUCUAUGACAAAUACGACGAUUAAAACAAGACGAGUGAGAAUUGAAGUCUCGAAUAGUAGUAAUGAUGAUCGUCGAAGCGGUAGGAUGGGUAGAGACAGCCGUAGGGACAAUUAUGAUGAUCCCGAACGUACAUCCGGCGAUUGGAGAAGCGGACCGCGCGAAGAUUUGCUGGAUGCAGACUCCUAUCGCAGUCGGUAUGAUAGAGAUCGGCGAGAUGACAGAGAAAGACACGAUUACGAUAAUAAGCCAGGUGCAUGGCGUGAGAGGGACAGCAACGAUAAAGGAUCUUCGUUUAAAGAGAGGGGUGGCUUCAGAGAUGAUAGCAGAGAUAGAGACAGAGACAGGGAUUGGAAUCGUUAUGGCGAUAGAGGGAGAAGCAAAGACAGAGAUGGGGACAGAAGCAGCAGUUUUGGGCCACGACGUAAUUAUGGUGAUUCCGAUUGGGAUCGCGAUCGUCGACAAGAUCGAGAUACGAAACCCGAGCCACGACAAAGACCGAAAUUGAAUUUACAACCUCGCACGAAACCUGUCGAGCCUCUCGUAGUUGCGGAAGAUUCCGCAGCUAAAGACAGUACGACGGAAUCGAAGCCAACAGCGAAUACAGAAUCAACUCAACGAGCACCAGCUGCUACAUCCGUGCCAGCAGCCAAUAUUUUCGGUGCUGCGAAACCUGUAGAUACCACUGCCCGUGAACGAGAAAUAGAGGAGCGUCUCGCCAAAUCUUACGCGGAAUCACGAUCCCGAGAAGAAACGGAUAUUAAAGAACGUAAAGACGGCACUUGGGGCCGACGUAAUGGGGAAGGACGUGACGACAAUAAAGAUAAAGAUAAAGAGAAAGAGAAAGAGAAAGAGAAAGAAAGAGGUCGGCCGGCUUGGCGAUCAGAAGAAGACAGAGGUGCUCGGCUUGAGAGAUCCACACCACGUUCUCAACCAACUCCCACUCGUACUGUAGAGGAACAAAGUGGAUCUAAAACAUCGCCAGCAUCUCGUUCUGGCUUAUCGACAUCCAAAGGAUCUCAGAAAUCCGUUGAGAAUACUCGUGCGGCAGAAAGGGAUCGCAAAGACAAAGAGAAAGAUGAAAUCAGUAGAAUGCCGAAGGCUAAAGACGAACAAGCUCCAGUGAGUAAAAUUGAAUGAUG